GGGAGAAGAGAGCAUAAGGGCCAGGCCAUCAGCACAAGGACAAGGACAGCCAUAAGAGAGCAUCGGAGGAGCAGAUCAGCAAAAGCCGCCAUGCGGUGGUGGGAUCCGGCAGAAGAGGCUUCCGCCGUGAAGCAGUGUGCUGCUCAACGACCAGGGAGAAGGAGGAGCCAGCAACAGCAGCAGCAGCAGUGGUGGCGUCAGAGUGCUCUCCAGCCGUCGAGCGGAGUAAUGGUCAUGUGCUUGUGCCUUGUGCAGUGGCUCUAUCUGCCGCUGUGCGAGGGUGCCACACGGCUGGCGCGAGGGAGAUUGCUGGGAUUUGGUUCUCUUCCGACGCCUCGAUUGGCCGCAGGCGUGCAGUGGAGGGAAUGUCGACGCAGAGAGGGUGAGCGAAUCAUGACUGACAGAGAAACAUAGACUGGAUGUCUGUCUGUCUGUCUGGUGUUAUUAUCAGGUGGUCAGCCGCCUCUCCUCCGUCUUGCAGCGAAGAAGCGGUCUGUAGAGCCGCCUUCAGACGGGGACGACGAAGCAAAGCCGAAGAGCGCGAAAGCGGAUAAUGCUGAUACAGCCCCCCCGUCGCUUACCCCCCUUGCUUCUCUUGGCGACAUCGAGAUGGACGUCGGCGAUGCAUCCGCUGCUGCUGCUGCGCCUGAGUCGGCCCCGAAAGCCAAGAAGUCUCGAGGCAAGAAGGCGGAGGCAGCGACGCGGUGGUUCCCGACCAACGAUGAGGAGUGGAGGACAGAGGCCGCUCUCGCAGACUUGGAGACCAGAAUGAAGGUGAGGGAGGGCGACUACACACAGGAGCGGGUGACUGACGUGCAGGUUGCUGGUUCAAAUGUUCUUUCUGCCUGUCUGUCUGCAGCGUGCUUCGGAUGAGGGCCGGUACACAGAAGCGGCGGCUUUGCGUGAUGACAUCUCAAAGCUGCACACAGACGAGUACCUCAGAGUCCUCGAGGCAAACAGACGAUUCUACGCCGCGUAAGGAAGACACACGCCCGGCCAAGCGGCGCUUCACCCACACAUACAUUCCUCCCUCCCUCCCUCUCCCUCUCUGGAUGUCUGUCUGUGUCUUGCGUCCGUCAGGUUCUCUUCCAAGUCGCUGCAGGAGAUGCAGGCCGUGUGGAUGAACAACAACAUGAUCUUGUGCUUCCACCCCUCGUCGCCCAAGCCCAUCAGCGGCUACGAGGCCAUCAUGGACUCAUGGAAGCGGCUCUUUCACGCGACAAACAGAGACGGCGAGAAACAGCGGGUCAUCCAGCCGCACAACAUCGCCGCUCGGGUGAGGGGCACUACUGCCUGGGUGACGUGCGAGGAGGUGGUCCUCAAGAAGGUCUCUGGCAACUCUUCCCCCGUGCCCACGGGGAGGCGUCUCAUCGCCACAAACGUCUUCCACAAGCUAGAUGGGAAAUGGUCAGUGUCGCGAGCAAACGAGCGAGAUUUACUAGACAUGGUGCACACAAGUUACUUAGUUGGUUGUUUCUUCUUUGUCGGCUGCAGGCUGCUGGUGCACCACCACGCCUCUGCACCACAGAGGGUCCAAAGGCGCCAGCAGCAAGUGUGGGCUUCUGGCAACAUAUUCGGUGCACGCACACAAAACACACAGCCACACGGGCACACGCCAGGGAUGCCAUUCCUCACACACGCCCUCUGUCGCCCGUCCCGUCUGUGUGAAUAUCAGAUUUAUUCGACGGUGGCCAGGAGAUGGAGGAAGAAGAGGACGAGUACGACGCCAGAGAAGACGCGGAGGGACCCGGUGAGUCAGACAGAUGAGGGCAGCCAGGCAGGCCAUGUAGCCCAUGCCUUGGACGCAUGUCUCUCCGUGAUCACCAUUUCAGAUGACAUGUUUGAGUUUGACACGGACGACCAGGAGCCGCAGCAAGUGAGGGUGAUAGUGGGCGGCCCAGGGGCACCUCAGCAGCUGGGCGGCUUCUUCAAGCGGAUCCUCAUGGGCGGCCAGGAGGGCGGCGACAUGAUGUUCGACUCGACGGGCGACGACAACGGCAAGAAGGUACGUACGCACCUACCGACCGACACACGACGCCCAUCAAUGUCCUCGAUGCUGUGUUGUGUUGGGGUGCGCUGUGUCGGGUGCAGGGGUUUGUGGCUCAUCAGUUCUUCACCAUCGACCAGAACGGCAACAUCCGCAGCGCAUCCAUAGACGACGGCGACAGUGACGAUGAACAAGACGACACCAAAACCACCGGCGGCCAGCAGAACAAGAAGAAGAAGCGGGGGCAGAACAACAGCAGCAACAACAGCCAAGUGACGCCCAACCUGGCGGCUGGGGGCCCUUUCUCCCUUUUCGACCAGGUGCUGGGCCUCCCGCCCGGGCCGGUGAUUCGGCAGCAGCAGAUGGGUGGCCCAUCAGGGAUGCAGAUCACUCCGCUGCAUCAAAUCAUCAACGAUAUUGAUGAGAAUGAGUCACCCGAAGACGCUGCUGCCGCCGCUGCAUACCAGACCCCCUCCAUCUCACUCCACAACAUCCCCCUGACCCGCGUCGAGCGCAACGGCAGCGUCGCCUUCGAGGCGCCACAGAUCAGCCUGGCAGCAGCGCCAGCACCACCCUCCCCGCCCCCCACCACAACAGCAAAGGAUUGGAUCGAUCUGUCCGACCUGACGCCGACACAGCCACAGCAGCCGAAGGUGGAGCCCUCCGUGACUUCCAAGGCCGUCAAGGCCAUCCGUCGGCUGCACCGGCAAUCACGGCUGUCUAACUUUGAGAAGAAGGUGCUGCUCAAGGAGCUGGUGGACGACCAGGUGAUUGCCAGGGUGGGGGAGGGGGCGUCGAGGGGGCAGAGAAUCGAUGUCGCCUAUCGGUUGCUCGUCGAAGAAGCCACCAAGGUGAGAGGGAGGGGGCGUGGUGGCAGCUCCACACACACAAGACGGCAGAGGAGAUGCAUUUAUUGCGUGUGCGCUUGUGUGUGUGUGGUGCGUUCCAGAAUGGCACAUCGGCUGAGGCGGAGGAAGCCGAAGACGACUUUCUUCAGCAGCUCCAGAUGAUCACAGCCGCGGCGAACCAGACCACCACCCCAGCCCACAAUGAGUAGGGUACGUCGAUGUCUAUCCCUGUGUCUUUGUUUGACGGGUUUUCCAUUGCGUUGCCACCGUUCCAUUCCGUUCCGUUUCGACCCACAAGGCAAGGCAAGGCAGGGAGGGAGGAGGAAGGAUUGUGUGUGUGUGUAUGUGUGAAAGCAGUGUGUGCAUAUCCAACCGAGAUGAUGAGAUUUUUGCACGUCCGUCCCCGCUGUCUGUUUUGGCUGGCGAUGCAGUCAGUGAUGUCGUGACUGACGAAGAUGUGAGACCCUUUUGAGUUUGGCAUCUCUGUCUGUUCUCUUCCAACUGACCAACACGCUUUAAGCCUACACAUAUACACUAGUGCUGGC